UUUGUGUUUCGUGCGGUAUCGUCGAUACCUUCACCCCUCUCCGUGUGGGCACGGCGGUGAUUUCAUGUAGAUAUGUUUCUCUCUUAUCAGACUCAAUUUCUUGGACUUUUUUCCUCCCUAAAAAAACACUUGUCAGUGAGGCAAUGGGCGAGGCCUUGCCAUUUGAGAUGCAGUAUCGGAUAGUUGUUGGGUAAAUGGUGUUGUUGUGACAUAAACCGUGUAGAGUAGGUGUGUGUGUGUGUUUGUAGGCGGUGGUCUUCUGGUGCAUCAUGCUUUAGUUCACUUGGGGACGAUGUUAGUCUGUUUACACAUUUAUUUUCCAAGCAGAAUACUAUAGGUUUCUUUGGAAACGUUAUGGACUUCGUAAAGGUGACGGUAUUUUUGUUAAGAUUUUACAUUAAGACCUAACUAGAACAGUUGACAUCUAUUACGUUGUCCUCCUGAGUGAAGUGAGACAGUGCACAGCACAACGAAUCUCACAACAUACUAUUGCCAAUAUGUAGCAGCAUUUCCAGAGACAUUUGAAGACGUCUUGGCUUACAAGUGAUCUCACCAAUUGAUGCACAUCAAACAAUAAAAGUAAAACGAAUAAAACAAUUCUAACAUGGAUUUUGUGACGUACCGUGUCGUAUUUGCUUUGCUAUUUUCACAAUACACCUGUGUCGCCGCCCAGGCCAACCCUGAUGUGGUUGGUAUGGCUGUAGCGGGCUGCGUCAGUUUCGUCAUGGCCUGUGUGAUCAUUGCUUACCUCUUUUUGUCCUUUGGAUGGCCAGAAUGGUUUGACCAUUGGAUGAAACAAAGGAAUAAAGUGCGCAUGCCCAGAGACUACUUUAAGAAGAAAGAUGAAAUUAAAAAGAAAUUGUUAAAUGGUUCUUUAAAUGGAAGUCUUCCUUCACAGAAAUAUGACAGAGUAAAAGCCAUUUUCCUGCCGCAAAUUAAACGCAUCCAUCUACUGCGUUCUCCUAAAAAGAAAAUCAAGAAAACUUCCUGGACACAGGGAUGGAACCAAAGACAACCAUCACAUCUUAACAGACUCUACGAAGAAAAGGAUGCAACAAUGGAACUUGGGGAAGAAGAUCUUGCUGAUGUGGAGUUCAAAAUUGAAACAGUAGUUGUAGAUAAUGAGCAUUUAGAUGUAGGGCCGUUCAAGAAUGACCAUUCCAGGGAGAUACCAAUAAGUGGAGACAUUUACAAUGAACCUUACAUCUACACCACAGUCAACACACUCACUAAGAACUCAAGUAAGAGGAAAAGUGAUUCCCCAGUUUCCGAAGCUAACAAAUUGGAAGUGACAGAAAUGAUUGACCUCAAAGGAGAUCUGCCACUAGACUCAAGUAUCAGGGUCAACCACUUUGAUGAAGCACUCAUUCAUCUUUAAGAAAAAAUGACUGACCGCUGAAAGGAACAUUACCUUGUAUGUUCUUAUGUUAUGAAAAAUUUGUUUAAUACAGUUACAAUUAUGAAAAAAACUGCAGGUGUUGAAGUUUAUCUAGUUAGGUAAUGUUAACCAUUUCUUUUUGGAGGGGUUGUUCACUAUAACAUUAAGCAUAGCAUUAGCCAUGAAAAUGACACUGUCUUAUUAUUAAUGAACUGUAAGAGCAUUUGUUUAAAUUGAAAUCAUUUCAUAUUUUACUUUAUGUUAAUAUAAAACCCUGUAACUGUUGCCUCCCCAUGUUAUGUAUGUUAAUUGAUUUUUUUAAUCAAAGCUUUAUUUCGUUUUAGUCUGAGGAUAUCAAAUUAUAAAAACACAUGUUUUAUACCCAAAAACAUUUUAUUGGGGAUGCAAAUCUCAGUCAAAAUAUUGUUGGUCAAUGAAGUUUGUAUAUUUAAGUGUUCAUUUCCUAGUUAAAAUAUUUUUGUUAUUAUUUUUUUUAAGUAUUUUUACACCUGAUAAUCUAAUCAUAUAGACAAUGAAGCAAUUUUGCUAUAAUUUAUUAAAUACACUUUUAUGCUUAAUUUCAUUACAAAAUUUGGCAUAGUUAACUUUGCUUUAGAAUGUAAAUGAUUGUAGAACUGUAUCAGUUAUUGUUUUUUUUUUUUUUAUUUUUGCUGAAAAUAAAAUAAAUUUAAUGCCGAUUUUAAUAGAUAAAAUUCUCAAUAAUUAAAUGUUAUUGUAAAAUUUUACUAAAAACAAACCAAAACAAAUUUUUAUAAAAAUUAAAUGUAACAAUUUGAAAAGUAACACAAGAACAUGCGUAUACAAAAACAAGUCAACAUUAUUUGAUACUGAAUUAAGUGCCUUAUGAGAUCAAUGUGUGAUUCCUUUUGUGAAUAUGAUUUUUUUCCAUAACAUCAUACUUUUUGUUAGUUAGUUUUGACAUACAAAAAACAAUAUAGAAAUAAAUAGUUGAAAUCUAGUCUUUUAAACAAUGUAAAAAAAAUAUUUUUUUCAUGUUUUCACAGAUCUAGAUUUUCCUGAAAUCUUUUUUUUUUUCUGAAGUCAUCGAAGUCUAAUAAAAAUAUAUAGUAAUGUUUUUUUGCAUAUUCAAAUGUGAUUUUUUUUUAAUGUUCUAGAAAAAUUAAUGUGUUAAAAUAGAUUUGUUUUGUCUUUUUUUGUUUUCUGAAAAUGAUAUAAAUCAAGUUUUAAAAGUGUAUUAUGCAUAAAUAUUUAUUAACUUUAUUUUUUUAGAAAUGGUAUCGAAAUUCCCCUAACUUGUUUAAUUAGGGUAAUUUGCUCAUAUAAUACUUUUCUGAGCACAGAACCAAAUAUUUCCUUAUGAAUAUUAUUCAAAUAAGAAUAUAUAUAUAUAUUGUAUUUAUGAAUUUUUUUGUAUUUGCUUUGCCUCGUAUUCAUUGUUAACAUCCUUCAUUAAAAAAUGUUUAUCUUUAAGUUCUUCAUUACAAACAAACGAGUGCUUGAACUGAUCAAACCUUAAUUUGCACCUGGUGCACAGUCUGCAGAUCUUAUCUCUCACAGCAUUAAGUUGUAUUUGGGAGAUUUUACUCUCUCUGUCUUCUCAUGUGACUUAGCUGGCAGGCCACACAGGGCACAUUGGCAGACAGGCCAUACAGGGCACAUUGGCAGGAGAGCCACACAUGGCACAUUAUCAGGCAGGCCAUACAGGGCACAUUAGCAGUCAGGUUAUACUGGGCACAUUAGCAGGAGAGCCACACAGGGCACAUUAUCAGGCAGGCCAUACAGGGCACAUUAGCAGUCAGGUCAUACAGGGCACAUUAGCAGUCAGGUCAUACUGGGCACAUUAGCAGUCAGGCCAUACAGGGCAAAUAUGUGUCUAAUCUUCUUGAAUUCUUGGUGCCUUAUUUCUUGGGUGUGUCCCUAAAUGACAAGUUUCAGGGUUUGUUGGCCAGUCAAUCUUUUCCUGCUACCAUCUCAUACGAAAGUAAGAAUUGAAUAUAUCGACCAGUAAUGAAGUAAUUUACCCAUGGGGCCUGGGUUUAAGACUAUGUUGGUCCUUCCAUCCCCAUCUAAAAAGCAUGAAAGUUGGGUAUGACCAAAAAAAAAACAUCUAGUGAAUCAGUACAUUAAAUGUAUGUAGUAUUUCUUACAAGUAACAGUGUUAUGACACUCAGUAACAACUUCUGCCAAGAAAUAGUGUUGUUAUAAUACAUUCGUUUUAGUUGUGCUUUAAAAAUACAAUACAUCAAUAGAGCAAACUAUUUGGACAAUAGCACACAAAAUAUACAUUCCCAUCCCAGUUUCUUUUAAACAUUACAUGUGAAAUGUACAGCACAUAGACUUAUAUAUACUACUCUAGACUGGACAUGGAGAUUUUUGAACACUACAAAAAAUGUCUUGAAAAUUUUUUAGAAAGUUGGAUCAAGGCGUUGUUUUGUAGGUAAAAGAUGUAAAGUUGUAUUUUUUUCAACCCUAACCUAUGUAACAUAUAAUUUAAUUUUUAGAUCUAGAUUUAGUAAUUGAGCAUAAAAAUAAGAGUACUGUCGUAUCAUAAUUAUUAUGUUGCAAUUUUUAGAUACAUAAUCUAGAAAGAUCUAGGUAAUCAAUCUAUUUAAAUGUACAUAAGAUGAUUUAAAUCAACAUGAGUUAUUUCGAUCUAGAAUUUUUAAAACAUUAUCUCAAUGGAAACAAACAGGAAAUGGCUUUGUUUCAUAUAUUUGCGUGAAUAUCCGAGAAAUGAUUUUGCAUUAUUUCUAAACUUUGAAAACUUAAGAUCAUUACUUUUUUAAGGCAGAAAAGAUUUAUUGGGGCGACUCCCCCUUAGAGCUUGAAAAAGAGUUUACAUACAUUAAAAUCUAUAUAUACAGGUCUGUGAAUCGAUCAAUUUAUUUCCGGUUUCCAGUCUAGUAUAUAUAUAUAUAAGUCUAUGGUACAACAGUUAAAACACUCCUUACAAGCAUUUGUGUUGUGAUAUCCAUGUUUGUAAAGUCUUCUUAACGUUGUAAAUAAUUACUUUUCAAUGACCUCUGUAGGUCAUUAAAAUUAAUGGGCCCUGACGCAACAAGCUCCUCACAUCAUGGUUGCUAUUCUAUUGAUCUAGACUUAUGUAAAUCUAGUAAAUAAAAAAAAGAAAGAUUUCUUGUACAAUAUGUUCCUUAGCAAAGAAAUGUGUGCUGUAUUGAUACUUACUCUACGUUUCAAAUGUUUUGUUACAACUGUAUGUCAAGAUGAAGCUGUAUUCACAUUUUAUAACUGUAAUAAAUAUUUAAGACAAAAUGA